AUGUCGGAUUUGAAUCAAACAGCGUCUGAGAAGGCCAUUUUAUACUCGCGCGGUUAUAAGUUCAUAAAAAAGCUAGGGGAAGGUGCCUAUGCAAAAGUAUAUCUGACAGAAUACAGGUCAGAAACGGAGUCAGACAAGAACAACAAGCUGGCCUGCAAAGUAAUAGAUACUUUGAAAGCACCGAAGGACUUUGUUCGCAAGUUCCUGCCUCGUGAACUUGACAUUCUGGCGAAAGUGAAUCAUCCCCAUGUGGUCCAUGUGCACAGUAUAUUCCAAAGGCGAGCUAAGUACUACAUGUUCAUGAGAUACGCUGAGAAUGGUGAUCUUCUUGAGUUCAUCCUGAAGAACGGUGCAGUUCAGGAGGGCCAGGCUCGUGUAUGGCUUCGACAACUUGCACUUGCUUUGCAGUAUCUGCACGAGCUGGAGAUAGCCCAUCGUGACGUGAAGUGCGAGAACGUGCUACUGACGUCGAAUUAUAAUCUCAAACUGGCCGACUUUGGUUUCGCCCGUUAUGUGAUCGACGAACGGGGAAAACAGGUCCUCAGCGACACAUACUGCGGUUCUUUAUCUUACACCGCACCGGAAAUUCUCCGGGGUACACCAUACAGCCCGAAAACGGCCGACAUUUGGUCCCUGGGCGUCGUCUUGUACAUCCUGCUAAACAAAGCGAUGCCAUUCGACGACACCGAUAUCAAACGUUUGUACGUACAACAGAAAAAUCGCAAGUGGAAGUUCCGUAGCAAGGUGGUGACGAACUUGAGCGAGCAGGUGAAGCACCUGAUUACCUCUAUCUUGGAGCCUGACCCGGGGAAACGUUUGAAAUUGGAUCAGAUCAUAAACAGCGAGUGGGUCGCGAUGGAUCCGCGACUUCUUGUCCUCACACCUGGAAAAAAGAAAAUGGAGGACAGGUUCUCCAAAAAGGACCCAAAACUGUUCAAAGUCGAGGAGAAGAGUAAGCUGGAAAUGCAUCCGGUCAGAGGGAAACCAGAGGAGGUCACUGUGAUUAAGAAGGCUGCGAACGUUUGUAUAUCUAAUCUGUCGACAUUAAUAUGUCCAUUGCACUGA